AUGGGUUCAAGCCGGCAACAGGCUAUCCAUGGAGACACGGCCGUUGAGCAUGUUGCCAAAGCUGAUAUCAGUGACAUCGAGCAACUCCAACAGUGGAAUGGCAAAAGUAUCGUCAGGAAUGAUACUCUGCGCGUGCAUGAUUUAAUACAAACGCAUUUCGACGGUCAACCGUCCGCCCCCAGCGUCUGCUCUUGGGAUGGCAGUUUGACCUACGAUGAACUGGAUCAGCUGUCCUCGGGUCUUGCUGACGAGUUGGUGGCCCGAGGAGUUGGCUGUGAGAUGUUUGUUCCCCUGUACUUUCAAAAAUCGAAAUGGACCGCCGUGGCCAUUCUUGCUGUCAUCAGAGCCGGAGCGGCCUUUGUGCUGCUAGAUGACUCGAACCCCUUGCCGCGUCUGCGCGAGAUCUGUGAGGAGUCGCGUGCGACGAUUGUGCUGGCUGCUAGCGAGCUUCGGGACAAGGCGCAGCAACUGGUAGACCAAACCCUCCUCAUCCUGGUUGGGGACACGAAGUCGCAGCAAUGGUUUCGGGGUAUCAAUGAGUCCUGGAGAGCAUCACCCGUAACUGGGGGCAGUGCCUUAUAUGCGGUGUUUACUUCUGGGUCGACGGGCAAACCCAAAGGCGCUGUGAACGAACAUGCCUCGCUCUGCGCCGCGGCUGAGGCAUCGGGGCGAGCCCUGGCCAUGAGCUCCCAGACAAGGGCCUUUCAGUUUGCUUCCUAUGCAUUCGACCCGACAAUUAUGGACUUCCUGCGGACGUGGAUCUUCGGCGGAUGCGUAUGCAUUCCGUCGCCAGCCCAGGCGAAAAACGACAUUGCCGCCUCCAUCGCCCAGCUCGGGGCCAACCUCGCCAGCCUGACGCCGUCGGUGGCCCGGCUGCUCGAUGCCAACACGCUGCCGGCCCUGCGAGCGCUGGAAUUCGCUGGUGAGCCCAUGCUCCCAAGCGAUGUAGAGAAAUGGGCCGGCCGGUUGUUGCUGGUCAAUGCCUACGGCACCGCCGAGUGCUCCGUGUACUCCAUCAUUUGCUCUCCGGUCCGCCGGGAUGGACACCCGCACAACAUCGGCUUCGCGGCCGGAUGUGUGGCGUGGAUUGUGGACCCGGCCGACCACCGCAUCUUGCUCCCCAUCGGAGCAGCCGGAGAGCUGGUGCUGGAGGGUGCGGGCAUCGGACGAGGCUAUCUUAGCAACAAGGAGCUGACGGCGGCCUCCUUUGUGCUUGGCCCACCGUGGCUUCACCAGUUCCGAGGCGAGGAAUUUCGUCAUGUUCGCCUGUACAAGACGGGCGAUCUGGCGCAGUAUCAGCCCGAUGGAUCUCUUCGGUGUCUAGGCCGGAAGGACACUCAGGCCAAGGUUCGCGGGCAACGCGUUGAGCUGGGCGAAGUCGAAUGGCAUCUUGGAGACCUGCUCCAUCACCGCCAUCAGGUGGUUGUAGACGUGGUCCAGGUGCAUCGCGGUGUUGGCACACAAGCCGUCCUCGUAGCAUUCGUGGGACUCCAGGAUGCUGUGGUUGACCAAGAAACUCAAGCCACUGAGUUGUUCGCCACACCUACAGACGUCUUCCGCCUUCAAAUGGAGAAGGUAGAGAUGGAGCUGAAAGGGCGAGUGCCGGCAUACAUGAUUCCCGCGGCCUUUGUCGCGCUGAACUAUAUUCCCCUGUCCAUAUCAGGCAAGACAGAUCGUCGCCGGCUUCGAGAAGAGACCGCCACACGGCCAUGGGCCGGUAUUGAGGUGUACAUGUUGCACCGGGGGAGCAGACAUUAUUCUCCGAAAACAGACGUCGGAAGAAUACUCCAGGGCUCAUUUGCCCAUAUUCUAGGACUUCAAGCUGAGGAGCUCGGUCUCCAUGAUUCCUUUUUCCGCAGAGGAGGUGAUUCCAUCUCGGCCAUGCAGCUCAGUGCCUAUUGUCGCCGUCAGGGUCUGUCUAUCGCGACCCAGGAGAUUUUCCAGUACCCUACAAUUGCUGAAUUGAACGCUAGAAUCCUCAUGCAAGUAGAUUGCCAAGGCCCGUCCAUGGCCCUUCUCCCCUUUUCCCUCUCCCCAGUACAGCACAUGCUGCUCCAGCAGAAAAACUCACCCGGCCGAGAGUUUCAGAGUUCCCAAGUUCCCAGUCGAAGCGUCUUCCUGCGUUUAGCUAGGCCCAUCACUCUAACUGAGUUGGAAUCCGGGAUACAGGCUGUCGUCCAUCGCCAACCCAGCCUGUCCAUGAGGUUUACCCCCGGAGAAGACGGCCAAUUGACGCAGACAGUGACAUCUUUCAUCCGGGGCUCGUAUCAAUGCUCCCACAUUCAAGCCUCAGCUGCUGCUAUAGAAAUACUGGAUCCUCGCCCGGAGCGUAUCAACCUGCAAACCGGACCACUUCUUUUGGCUGAUUUGAUCACCACGGACAGCGAUGAUAACCAGCAUCUACUCUUAGCGGCCCCGGAUAUCAUUGUUGACGCCCCCUCAUGGCAGAUCAUUCUCAACGAGCUUAACAGCUCUUUGACCGGGGGUGACUUUUCUUCCUCUGUCACAAGAGGAUCGUUCCAGUCGUGGUGUGAGACCAUUAAACCGAGUAUAAACCGACAACCGAACGAACCAUCCCAUGGACAACCAGCUGAAUUGUCUCUGUCCAAAUUUUGGGGCUUAGUCGAUUCCAGCAAUACUAAAAGUAGCGGGACUAUCUCAACUGAGUUUAUUUUGGAUUCCUCUAGAACCGCCUUGUUACUACAGAGAGGCGAACAUGCCCUUCGUGCCGAGCUGGCGGAGAUACUCUUGGGUGUCUUUUUGCAUUCUUUCAGGGUUGCUUUUCCGGGGCGAGACGGUUUGCAAACAUUCAUCGAGCAGGAUGCACGGACAACCGAUGUUUCCCAAGUAGUCGGCCAGUUUACCACCUACACGCCUAUCAUGUUGCAAGCGGAUCAGGAUGACGAUGCGGUGAAUAUGGUGUGCCGAGCGAAGCAUGCUUAUCGGAAAGCGUGUAAGGAACAUUCAAUCCAUUCCGUAGACACAUUCCCGAUGGAGGCCAUUUUUCAUUGGAAGCAAGAGAAGGACCGGCAAGCCAUCAGUUCGGUAUCCGAGGUAGAGGAACAGCUUCUGCAAGAGGUAUCAUCAUCACCUCUAGAUGGUAGUGAAUCGCAUCGAGCUCGGAAGCCAGCCCUCUUUGAGAUUUAUAUACUGCAAUCCAGCGGCUCUCUCGUUGUCUCCCUGGUCUAUUCGGAGCAAAUGCUGCACCAAGACGCCAUUAGCCGAUGGUUCCAGCUUUCUCACGACAUAUUGGAUGAGCUGCUUCAGCGACUAGAAAAUGUCCCAUUUCAGCCUACACUCGAUGACUUCCCGCAGCUGUCCAUCACCUCGGCGGAGCUAGAGACCCUGACCCAGGACAUCUUAGCCCAGCAAGAUAUUCUCAGUUCGUCCGACAUCGCAGACAUCUACCCGGUCUCUUUCAUCCAGCAAGGAAUGUUAUUGAGUCAGGCUAGAGACCCUCAGGCCUAUUGGUCCCGUACCUCCUGGGAGGCACGCUCCCGUGAUGGGUCUUUAGUUGGGCUACACAAACUUCAAGAGGCAUGGCAGCACGUAGCCAUGAGCCACUCUCUACUCCGGACCCUAUUUGUGCAGAGUCAAGACGGUUCCUACUACCAAGUUCUGCUGACGAGUCCGCCCAUUCCGGUCUUAAUCCUGCCCUUGGAUGCUCCGGAGCAAAUCCAAGCCACUAUGGAUCAAGCCCCUGGUGUCUUCGAAGGGGGCACAUUACUUCCUUGGAGCCUUACCCUUAGACCUCUUAGUGACGGUAGUGUGACGUGCGAGAUUCAGAUAAGCCAUGCUCUUAUGGAUGGUGAGUCAAUGCAAUUGUUGAUCCGAGACGUUCAACGUUCGUAUGAUGCGGAACAGUCGCAUAGACCCCCUCCUUUAUAUAGCCAAUAUGUCGGUUAUCUGAACCAGAUCUCUCGGGAUCCUGUGCUGAAAUAUUGGAAAGACUACCUCGACGGAACUGAGCCGUGUUACUUUCCUUCGUUUCCCGGUCUGCAGUCCAUCACGGUGGUUGAUAAACUCGUGGAUCUUGAUAUUGUCAUCGAGAAUAUCAGCCAACUAUUUUCUUUCUGCAAGGAAGAGGGUAUCACACUCUUCAAUGUGGUUCAGCUGGCAUGGGCCAUCGUGCUUCAAUGCUACACGGGCAAUGAGACAGUUGUCUUUGGGUAUUUAACAUCUGGACGAGACGUUCCGGUUGAUGGGGUAGAGGAUAUGGUGGGCCCUGUCAUCAAUAUGUUGAUCGCCAGAAUUGAUCUCCAGGGUGACCGGAGCGUGCGGCAGCAUUUGCAAGAGUGCCGGGACCGGUACAUCCAAAGUCUUCCCAACCAGCACUGUUCUUUGGCCGAGAUAUAUCGUGCCCUGGGGAAUUCGGGUACACCCAUGUUUAACACCAUCAUCACUUACCAAAAGCUGCUUCCCGUUAGUGCGAGUGCAACCAUAGAGCUUAACGAGAUCCUUGAUCAACAACCUACCGAGUUCGAUAUAGUCCUGAGUGUCAAGGCUGACCGCAAUGAUGCGGCUGUCUCAUUCACCUACUGGGGAAAUAAGAUUCCACCGGAGUUAGGUCGCAGCAUCAGCCGCACUUUCAGCGCUGUACUUGGAGAUAUUACAACCCGGCCGAAUGUGCCUGUGUCGGAGAUGAAUCUGGUCAGCGCUGCAGACUUGGCCCUGAUUAUGGAUUGGAACAAGGCCCCAGCUGCCACGGUGAAAGCCUGUAUCCACGAUCUGGUGAGGGAAGAGUGCAUCGCACAUCCGGACCGGCUGGCGAUUGACGCAUGGGAUGGGAGACUCACAUACCAACAGUUGUGGGAUCAUUCCUCCUCACUCGCUAGGUAUCUAGCAGGUCAGGGGGUUGGACCGGAGAUACCUGUGCCGAUUUGCCUUGAAAGAUCCGUCUGGGUACCUGUUUCUAAGCUGGCUGUCCUAAGGACGGGAGGCAUAUGUGUACCCCUAGACCCCAGCGCUCCCAUCGAGCGUAUUCAGGCCAUGCUUGAGGAGGCCACGCCAAAGAUCAUUCUUGUCUCAUCAAGAACAGUGGAUAUUGACUUUCAAUCCCCUGCGAAGAAGAUUAUGAUCUCACCGGACAUCUUUGCGCACUCCGCUAUUGAAUUCCAGGAUCCGGUUUCAGCUGUUCAACCCAGCAACGGCGCAUAUAUCUUGUACACCUCUGGCAGCACUGGCCGUCCCAAGGGCAUCAUCCUUCAACACGAUGGGAUUUCCACGAGCUUACGUGAUCAGAGUCGCAGCUUGAGCAUCAAUGGUGAGACCCGAGCGCUGCAAUUCGCUUCAUACACUUUUGAUGUUAGUGUUUGGGAAAUCUUUACCGUCCUGACCUCAGGGGGGUGUGUCUGCAUCCCAUCCCAAAUGGCAAGAAUGAAUGAGCUUGCAGCGUUUAUAUUCGAUGCAAAAGUCAAUUGGUUGGCCUUCACCCCGUCAUUUGUUCGUCUUUUCCAGCCCAAAGACUUCCCCAACGUGCGAACCAUGGUCCUGACCGGAGAGAAUCUGCCCCAAGAUAUCGCUGAUACCUGGUCGAGCAAAGUCAGACUUGUCAACGCUUAUGGGCCGACCGAGUGCACUAUUUGCGCUGUGCAGCCUAUAAAGGCUGGUCGAUGGACCACGGGCACAAUUGGAUGGUCUGUUGGAGGUUCUGGCUGGGUCGUUGAUCCUUCCAACAUUAAUCGACCCAUGCCUAUUGGCGCAAUAGGAGAGCUCAUAUUUGAAGGACCUGUUGUAGCUCGCGAAUACUUUCGUCGGCCUGAUGCCACCAUGACCUCCUUUGUUUCUGCUCGACCAUCCUGGAUACCCACGCCUUCUCCGUACUACGGGUGCCGGUUAUAUCGGACAGGCGACUUGGUACGUCAUAAUCCGGAUGGUUCUCUACGAUAUUUGGGUCGCAAGGAUAGCCAAAUCAAGCUUCGUGGUCAUAGAAUUGAACUAGAAGAGGCUGAAUUUCAUGUUCGGCGUUAUCUUCCCCCGGGAUACAAUGUUGUAGUCGAUGUUAUUCAUCCGACUGAUCAAGCCAAAUCUAGCAUUUUGAUUGCGUUCCUCUGCAACGAGGUAGACACAAGCCAGAAUCACCCACAGCAGUCACUCUUGAUGCCAGCCAGCGACAAUUUUCGCUUGUUGUCCCAAGAUAUCCAGACAAAGCUACGUCUUUCGACCCCGAACUACAUGAUCCCCCAACUCAUGAUUCAAAUUUUGAUGAUUCCGAGAACCAAGUCUGGCAAGACUAAUCGUCGGUUCAUUCGAGUAGCUGCGUCGCGCCUAUCUCGCACCGACCUCGAGAUGCUGGUGGGUGCCGGCGGAGGAAGCGGAAAGACGCAGCCUACAUCACCGAAUGAGAAGCUCAUGCAGAGUCUCUGGGCUGCGGUACUUGACCUACCAACAGAAAUAGUGGGGAUUAGUGAUAAUCUCUUCCAGCUCGGCGGCGAUUCCAUCACGGCCAUGAAAAUUGUGGGCCUUGCCCGUGCAAACGGCUAUACUUUGGUAGUCUCCGACAUCUUUAGCAGGCCUACCCUAUCAAGUUUGGCCGAAGGGUUACAGCGUCGUUCUAUAUCAUCCGUCCAAGAUGCUGCCCCGUUCAGUCUAAUACCAUCCGAGGAGAAGGUCGAAGAGCUCAGAGAGAUAGUGAUGAAUGGGUGCCAGGUAUCCCCCGAUGAUAUAGAGGACAUUUAUCCAUGCACGGCGCUUCAGGAAGGUCUUAUGAGUCUCACUAUCAAACAACAAGGCUCAUAUAUAGCGCAGUACCAGCAUCAAAUUGAUCCCGGUGUUGAUAUUCCUCGUCUUGCGACUGCAUGGGACAUGGUCGUCGCUGCCAACCCCAUCUUGAGGACACGAAUUAUCCAGUCACAGCCCGGGCGCACAUUCCAGGUCGUCUUACGCCAUGGCCCUGCCUGCGUGAUAGAGUCCUCUAGUUUUGAGAAGACUAUGAAAGCCACAAAGGAUACCAGGAUCGCGCUAGGAGCGCCGCUGCUGCAAUGUGUCAUAGUCUCACAUGAGUCUGAGACCUUUUUCGUCCUCACUAUUCACCACGCGGUGUAUGACGGCUGGUCAAUGACGCUUCUUCUUGAGCAAUUGGAGUCGGCCUAUGCUGGCCAGGCUUUGAAGCCCCGGCCGUUCACAGGAUUUAUUGAAUAUCUGAGUCGUGUGAAUCUAUCAGCUUGUAACAAGUUUUGGCGCUCUCAAUUCACAGGUUUGAGCUGCGGCGUGUUUCCUGCUCCUCUAGUUCAGCUGCACCGCGCCAACAAGGCGACUACUCUGGAGCUUGUAGAACACAGGCUGGAGAAUCCGGCUGUAGGCUCAAAGUUUACUCUUUCUACCAUAGUCCGUCUCGCCUGGGCCAUCGUGCUGUCCAAGCACACCGAUUCGCGUGAUGUUGUCUUUGGGGCGACUGUCGCCGGACGUAGCGCGCCUGUCACAGACCUUGAGCAGAUGACAGGCCCUACGAUGGCGACAGUCCCAUUCCGAGUGCAUGUUAAUCCCGCAGAAUCUGUGCUGGAAUCAUUGGAGAAUGUACAGGCUCGAACCAUUGACAUGAUUCCUUACGAGGCGACUGGUCUGCACAACAUCAAGGCUUUUGGAGCAGACGCCGCGGCUGCGUGUCAAUUCCAGAAUCUCCUCGUCAUCCAACAGCAACAAAGCUUUUACCAGCCAAAUCUUAUGCAUGAGGUUCAGCGAUUGACGGAAAAUAUCGCUGCUAUCAACACGUAUCCAUUGACAGUGCUCUGCAAUCUCAACGGAGACCAUAUUUUGAUCCAAGCGUCCUUUGAUUCAGAAGUGCUGAGUAAAGCAGAGACCGAAACGUUGUCCUAUCAUCUGGGACAAGCGAUCCUACAGCUAGUGGAAAAACAAUCCUUGAAUGUUUCUGAUAUAGAUCUAGUUGGGCCGGAGACUAUACAGCAGCUCCAGGCCUGGAACCAACAUAUCCCUCCCCAGGUUGAUGGCCUAGUGCAUGAGGUAAUAGAUGGUUAUUUCAAGAGCCAACCGCAAGCACCUGCCGUCUGUUCAUGGGAUGGUGACCUGUCUUACGGCGAGCUAGAUAGCUUAUCCUCUCAGCUCGCCGACGUAUUAGUCCAGCGAGGAGUAGGACCAGAAGUACUUAUACCAGUGUACCUGGAGAAGUGCAGGUGGACUCCUGUUGCCAUGCUAGCAAUCAUGCUCGCCGGCGGUGCGUUUGUGUUGAUGGAUCCUGCACAUCCCUUGGAUCGUCUCAAACUCAUUCAUAGUCAGCUGGAUGCUCCUGUUUUGCUUACCUCUAUCUCACUGUCUUCUGCUGCCUUAGAUAUUGCUUCGACAGUCAUUCUUCUUGAUAGUAAUGAAUGGCAAGAGAAGGCGAAUAACAAGUCCACAACAGCCAAAGUGUGGAGGGCGUCUGGUGUCCAACCGAACAACAGUGUAUAUGCAGUUUUCACCAGCGGUACCACUGGUACCCCGAAGGGCGUUGUCAUUGAGCAUGGGGCAUGCCUAACGAGUAUGCAAGCCCUCAUAAAGCCUAUGGGCAUUGAUAAAAACAUACGGGCUCUUCAGGUGGCUUCUUAUGCCUUCGACGUGAGUGUCUCCGACCAUUUAGCGACCUUUCUUGCGGGGGGCUGUCUAUGUAUUCCACAGGCCACCCAGCAGGAAAACAACCUUGCGUUAGCUGUAAAAGUGUUCCAAGCCAACUACAUGCAUAUUACCCCCUCGUUAGCUGAGCUCCUGAAGCCAGAAGAUUUUCCUGAACUGCGUACUCUGGUGCUCAGCGGGGAGCCGAUGACCGCAGGUCUAGUGACCACCUGGGCUGAUUCGGUGAAGUUGAUCAACGCAUAUGGACCUGCGGAAUGUUCUGUGAUUUGCUUGGUCAAUGCCUCCAUCACGAGUACGACGGAUCACUCCAACAUUGGCUUUGCUACCAGUAGUGUUAGCUGGAUCGUUGACCAGGACGACAAUGCUAGACUGGCACCAAUUGGCACGGUUGGUGAACUUUUAGUCGAGGGCGCCAUCCUAAGUCGGGGCUAUUUGAAGGAUGAACAGAAAACCUCUGCUGCCUUUAUCCAGGAUCCCGCCUGGGUUCGUCGGUUUCCACCCCAGUCUGGUCCACGGAGGUUGUACAAAACAGGAGAUCUGGUUCAAUAUAACCCAAGCAAUGGAUCAAUGUGCUAUAUCUGCCGCAAAGACACCCAGGUAAAAUUAAGAGGACAGCGACUUGAGUUAGGAGAAAUUGAGCAUCAUUUAAAGGAGUCUUUUGUAGAGGCUUCUCGUGUGAUGGUGGACCUGAUUGUUCCAGUUAGUGAUGAUGAAAGACCUGCCUUGAUGGCAUUUAUCGAAAUUCCGGGCGAGUAUCGUGAUCUUCAGGGAGAACCCUCGGCGCACCACCUCUUCAAUCAGCCUAGUGAUGCGUUUCGAACUAAGGUGCAGGCAGUGGCAGCUCAACUUCGCAAGAAGCUUCCACCCGCCAUGGUGCCGGCAAUCUUUAUACCCAUGGUGAAGAUCCCUCUCUCAUCUUCUGGUAAAACAGAGCGAAAAACUGUACGUCAGACUGCCUCCCGUCUCGCAAAAGGAGAAAAACGACUCUACAUAGCGGCAAGCAAAAUCAAACGAGCCCCGACCACUGAGAGGGGGCGUCUUGUCCAGUCCAUCUCUGGUCGUGUGUUGAUGGUGCCGGUCGAGGAUAUUGGAAUGGACGAUACAUUUUUCGAGCAUGGAGGGGACUCUAUCUCGGCUAUCCGCUUUGUUGGGGACGCUCGUCAGGCCGGCUGGACGGUACAGGUGGUAGACAUCUUCAAUGAGCCAACCCUCGCAGCGUUGGCUGGAAAGAUGCAUCGCAGCGAAGGCAACUCAACAGCACGCUCAAUUUCUCCGUUUUUCCUUCUGCCAAAUGAGACGGAAACAACCCGGCUCUGUUCUCUGGUAGCCAGUUGGUGUUCUAUAUCCACCAACCGGAUCCAAGACAUCUAUCCCGCAACCGCCCUCCAAGCCGGGCUGCUUGCGUUAAGCUUGAAGCAACGAGGGGCCUACCAGGGUUAUUUUCCUAUACGACUGCCAUCCAAUGUCGACCUCGAUAGCCUUAAGAUCGCUUGGGAGUCGACCGUAAAGACUAAUGUCAUUCUACGCACUCGACUCGUCCAAGAUGCUGAUGGACGACUGUACCAGGCCGUAUUGGAUUCUGAAGUUGAGUGGCACGAGGCAGCUAAUCUAGACGAAUAUCUCAAAGUGGGAGCCCGUAUACCUAUACGCCUGGGAGGGCCUCUAGCCAGAGCUGCUAUUGUGCAAGAUUCUAGGCAGGGCGGGUGGUGCUUGGUGGUGACGCUGCAUCACGCCCUAUACGACGGAUGGUCCAUCCCUCUGCUUGUCCAGGAUCUGCAAACAGCCUACCUUGACCAGGUCUUAUCCCCCCGUCCAUUCAAUGGGUUCGUGGAUUACAUUUGCCGCGCUGAUGGUGUUGCCGGCUCCGAGUUCUGGAGAAGCGAGUUUGAGGGCCUUUCCUGUGGACAAUUCCCGCCGCUGCCGUCUGCUCACUAUGUUCCAUCCAGAGAUGGCUUCGUCGAACACACGCUUGCCCUCCGCGGACUGUCCUCCGACUUCACCAUUUCCACAAUUGUGCGCCUAGCUUGGGCAACGGUGAUCUCUUGUUACAGCAGCUCGGACGACGUGGUUUUUGGCACCACCGUCGCUGGACGCAGCGCUCCAGUCCCGGGCAUUGAGAACAUGACAGGUCCAACCAUUGCCACAGUGCCCAUUCGCGUGCACGUUAACCCCAACAUGCGUACCAAAGAUGCGUUGGGAGACAUUCGAACGAGUGCAACCAAAAUGAUACGAUUCGAGCAGGUUGGACUCCAAGCCAUUCGCUCCUUGAGUUCGGAGGCUGCAUUAGCUUGCCAGUUCCAGAGCUUGCUUGUGAUUCAGUGGAUGGACGAAGAAAGUGCUGAAGCGUCAGACUUCUCUGUGGCCUAUGAGUAUGCUCAUAACGAGACUGCAUUCUCCUCGUAUGCUAUCAACCUCACAUGUGACUUGGCUCCCUCCUCAAUCAAGUUCCGAGUUGUGUUUGACACCUGUAUCACCGAGCCUGCCGUCAUGAAUAUGAUGAUGUUCCAGCUGUCCCAUGCCAUUUCCCGAACCAUGGAUAACGCUAUGUUUGUGAGGGAUCUGAAGGAGAUUAGUCCACAGGGCAUGCAAUCUCUCCUAGAGUGGAACGCCCACCUCCCACCACGUGUUGAGGCUUGUAUUCACGAUUUAAUUUUAUUCUACAGUGAGAAUACGCCGGACGUAGUCGCCGUGGACGCCUGGGAUGGGAAGCUAACGUACCGCGAGCUGGACUCUUCUUCCUACAGCUUAUCAGCGCACCUACUUUCCUCGGCCCAAGUGAAGCCGGAGAUGAUUGUUCCUAUCUUAUCGGAAAAGUCCAUGAACACCCUGAUUGCGUUGCUUGGUGUGAUGCGGGCUGGCUGUGCGUUUCUUCUGCUUGACCCUUCACAGCCAGCCGCCCGCUUGAAAUCCCUCUGCGAAGCUGUUGAGACAAAGAUCAUUGUAGCAUCGACGAAAUAUGCGGACCUGGCAUCUAAAAUGGUCCCAAAGGCACAGGUAGUGGUGUGCUCGCGGCAAAGUCUUGCCUCCUCUAGUCUCCCUGAUGGAGUGGUCCUCUCAGUUCCGGUUUCUAAUCCCAGGCAAAUUGCCUACUGUGUCUUUACCAGUGGAUCUACAGGUCUACCAAAGUGUAUCCUUAUCGAGCAUUCCUCCUUCUGUACCAGUAGCAUGGAGGUUGGGCGGCUCGUCGGUAUGGACCAUAAUACACGGGUCUUCCAAUUCGCAUCCUAUGCAUUCGAUGUUAGUAUCACCGAUCAUCUGCUUCCGUUAAUGCAUGGCGGCUCCAUCUUUAUUCCACACAGCAAAAGUGUCAAGGACAACUUCCCGGCUUCUUUGAGGGAAUCGCGCGCAACCUUUGCAGAAUUAACACCGUCUGUAACAAAAAUGCUUGAUGUAGGCGAUAUAUGCAAUCUACAGGUCCUUGUCAUGAGCGGUGAGGUCAUGACCCAAGCAGAUGUUGAGAAAUGGCAAGACAAAGUUCGUCUCAUUAAUCUGUACGGGCCUGCGGAGUGCUCCUGUGCCGCAACUGGGCAAAACCCCGUGAACCUAGAGCAGCCCCCUCAGGUACUCGGUGAGGGCAUGGGAUGCGUUUGUUGGGUUGUAGAUAUGGCUGAUGACGAGCAACUGGUCCCUAUCGGCGCAACGGGAGAGCUAGUUAUCGAAGGCCCAAUUGUUGGACGAGGGUACCUUAAUGCCCCGGAGCAGACAGCACCUGCCUUUGUGCCAUCGAUGCGAUGGCUCCAGCGACUUCGAGGCGAAGCAGAUCGUGUAUACAAAACUGGCGACCUCGUGCAGCUGCUACCUACCGGGGCCCUGAAAUAUGUCGGCCGCAAAGAUCUCCAGGUCAAAGUUCACGGCCAGCGAAUUGAACUCGGCGAGGUCGAGCACCAUAUUCAUCGCUUGUUUCCCCAGGCCACGAACGUUGCAGCGGAAGUUCUUCAUCUAAAUGAACAGCAGGGUAAGCCCAUUCUCACAGCUUUCUUGGAAGUUCCUCAUCUGCAGGAACCCUCCAACGGCCAUUCACCAUCCAUGGAGAUGGGAAUACUUCCAGCAACAGCCGCGUUCCAUGUCGAUGUGCAGAGGAUCGAGUCCAAACUGCGAGACAGGAUUCCAUACCACAUGAUUCCCACCCUUUUCUUGCCCGUCAAUCGCAUUGAACUGUCUCUUUCGGGAAAAGUGAACCGUAGGGUGUUGCAGGAUCUGGGUAGACAUUUGAAUCGAAAGGACAUCAAAGUAUUCAUCAACCCUCACAAAGCCAAGCGAGCGCCAGAAACAGAAACACAACGGGCUCUACAGAUGCUGUUGGCCAAAGUCUUGAACCUACCUCUUGGUGAGAUCAGCAUCGACGACAGCUUUCUCGCGCUGGGCGGUGAUUCCAUCAGCGCCAUGUCGCUCGUGGCGCGCUCAAGUGCGCUCCAAAUUUCCAUCUCUGUUGAGGAUGUCUUGACCAAGAGCACGAUUGAGGAACUGGCGUUGCGUGCGAAGAAUACCACAGCCCAGCCUCUACCGCAAUGUGAAGAGCUGGAUGUAUCGUUUGCAUCGUCUCCAAUCCAAGAGAUGUUCUUCGAGAUCGUGCCGAAGGAGGCCCAUAACCAGUAUAAUCAAAGCUUCUUCCUAUCUCUCGCAAGACAAAUUUCUGCGCAGGACUUGGAGGACGCUGUCCGUGAGGUGGUUGGCCUUCACGCGAUGCUACGAGCCCGAUUUAGUCAAAAUCAUGGGUGUGGUUCGUGGACGCAGAGCAUAACUUCCAAGCUGGAGUCAUCCUCGUCCUAUUUUUUCAAAUCGCAUGAAGUAGCUAAUGUUGCGUCCAUUGAGCCUCAUGCUGUGAAGACCCAGCAAAGCCUGAAUAUCGUAAGUGGUCCUUUGCUAGCAGUUGACCUCUAUCAAGUUCAUGGCCAAGGACAAUACAUUCUCCUAGUAGCGCAUCACCUCGUGGUAGACCAUGUCUCGUGGCGAAUUAUCCUCAGCGAUCUGGAGGAGUUCCUGGAAGCAUCUUUCGCCUCUACCGCUCGUGAUCCCCGCGACAUCGAGUCAUCACUAUCCUUUCAGUCGUGGUGCCAUCUCCAGGCUCAGCAUGUCCGUGAACAACUGCCCCUUCAGAAAGCCUAUCCGACACCUACAGAAGACCAUGUCACGCUUUCGACAACCUUUAAAUGUAUGGAUUACUGGGGCUUGGCAGGUCAAUCCAACACUCGUUCGGAUGUUAUCUCUAUCGGCUUCACUUUGGAUGCAGAAGUGACCGAGAGUCUUCUGGGUCACGCUAAUGAAACCUUGCGGACGAGACCCGUGGAGAUCAUUCAGGCUGCGCUCGUCUUCUCAUUUAUGAAACAGUUCCCAGAUCGAGAUCCCCCAAUUAUCCAUAGCGAAGGCCAUGGAAGAGAAGCAUGGGAUCCCUCCAUUGAUUUGUCACGAACCGUAGGAUGGUUUACCACCAUAUGGCCUACCCCAAUCACUGUGCAAUCGGAGCAUAGUCUCAUCGAGGUGGUGAAACGAACCAAAGAUGGGCGGCGCCAAGUCAGAAAUAAUGGAUGGGCCUAUUUUUCAUCACGAUUCCUACAUCCAGCAGGUCGCCACGAACUGCCGCUAGAGAUGCCCCUUGAGAUAGUAUUCAACUAUGCUGGAUCAUUCCAGCAGCUGGAACAGCGGGAGGGCCUAUUCCACAUGGCUGAGACCCAGUAUACUCGAUUCGACGUAGCAGCUAGUGCCACUCGAUUUGAACUGUUUGAAGUUUCAGCUGUGGUCAAUCGUGGACAGUUGCAGGUGGAAAUCUCCUAUCACCAAGCUAUGCCACAGAAUCGUAUUCGGCAAUGGGUUUCGUCCUUUGAGGCCGCACUACGCGUGGCCAGCGUGACGCUCCAGCCAACCCCGAGGCAAUUUACGCUCACUGACUUUCCUCUUCUACAAAUCAGCUACAGUGGUUUGGAUUAUCUAAUUAAAAAGGUUGCCGCCGUGGCAGGAAUACACGAUAUAACAGAGAUCGAGGAUGCCUACCCCUGUUCCAGCAUUCAACAGGGCAUGCUCCUAAGUCAAGCCAAGGAUGCAACGCAGUACAUUACCAGCACUACAUGGGAGGUUCAAACUAUGGAGGGCAUUGAUGUUGACCACUUCAUACGCUCAUGGCAUAAGGUUGUUGAUCACAAUCCCAUUCUCCGCACCAUUUUCGUGGAGAGCCAUUCGGGUCAGCUCUGGGACCAAGUGGUGCUGAGACACUCAACUGGCGAUGUCAUGCUUGUCGACUCUGAUGGCAUAAAUUCUCCGGUCCCUCGAGGGUCUGGUAGUGUCACAGCAUCCCGGCCAUGGCAGCUCAUUAUGACUCGUGCAGGUGUUGCGCUCCUGUGUGAACUUCGCAUCUUUCACGCUCUGUUGGACGGUUUUUCAACGAGUUUGCUUGAACAACAACUUGCUUGUGCGUAUGAUAACCAAGCUUUCUCCGAGCCCGCGGCAACUCUGAAAGAUUAUAUCUCAUAUGUUCAGGGUCUGCCCAGUGGAGCAGCCACACAGUUCUGGGCCACAUACCUAGAGGGGUCAGAUCAUUGUAUCCUUCCCACUCUAAACCAUUCUCAGGAUCUCACUUAUCAGGGCUCAGUGGCAUAUGUCAGCCGGAAACUCGACGAUCUUCGCCCACUGCAAGUGUUCUGUGGAGAGAAGGGGGUCACCCUGUUUAACCUGGUUCAGCUGGCAUGGGGUCUGGUUCUGAGAGCAUACACCGCCUCUGAUGCCGUCUGCUUUGGUUAUCUGGUCACCGGUCGAAAUAUGCCAAUUGCUGGAAUAGACAAGGUUAUCGGACCCUUAAUCAAUAUCCUUGUAGGUAGAAUGCACUUGGACAGCGGCAACUCCAUUGCGGAUUUGGUCCAGUCGAUUCACUCGGAUUUCCUACAGGGGCUGGGUCAUCAGCACACCUCGCUGGCCGAGAUAUAUCACUCAUUGGGCAUAUCUGGCCGAGGCUUAUUCAAUACAGUGGUGUCAUUCCAGACCAGAUCCGAGCAACAACAAAUCAACCACACUUCUGGGCUUUCAAUGCGUACAGUCAACAGCGAUGACCCAACAGAGUAUGACCUUACGUUAAACGUUUCUGUAUCCAAUGAUGACAUGGAAUUUGCACUGUGGUACUAUAAUCAUUCAUUCACAUCAAGCCAGGUUCACGAUCUCGCAGUCGCAUUUGAAAGAGCCCUUCUGAACUCGGUAGGCUUGACGAAUGCAAAAGUCCGGGAUGUAGAUCUCUUGAGCGAAGAUCAUAUUCAGUGGUUACAGUUGCGGAACAAGCUUCUCCCCGAGGCGCGACAAGAGUGUAUACAUGAAGCCAUCGAGCCAUUCUUCCUCUCUACCCCUUCAGCUCAGGCUGUUUGUGCUUGGGAUGGUGAUUUCUCAUAUGCGGAGCUGGAUCAAUUGUCAUCUUGCCUAUCCCGAGUUUUGAUCCUCUGUGGUGUCCAACCGGAGACAUACGUGACCAUACACUGCGAGAAAUCUAGGUGGACAUGUGUGGCCAUGCUUGCCGUCCUCCGUGCUGGUGGCGCUUUUACCCUCCUUAGUCCUUCUCUCCCCCUAGCCCAUAAACAGACAAUUUGUGCUGAUCUAGGAUGUCAAAUCAUGAUCUCCUCUAAAACGGCUGAGGAUGCCUCAUCGUUGGUCAAAGAGGUGAUCAUGAUUGGCGAUGGCGAAGUUGAGGCGUGGGUCGUACCACCAUCAGAGCCCAUACCGCCAUCGCAAGUCAAGCCUACAAAUGUAGCAUAUGCGGUUUUCACAUCUGGUUCAACCGGAAAGCCAAAGGGUGUCGUUAUUGAUCAUUCUUCGUUUUGCACCAGCGCGAGGGCCCAGCAUCAAUCUUUAUCCAUCGAUAGUUCUACUCGCGUGCUACAGUUUUCCGCCUACACCUGGGACGUGAGCAUCAUGGACCAACUGGCGACGUUCAUGGCGGGUGCUUGCGUGUGCAUACCUUCGGAAUCUCAGCGAGUGAACGCGCUGGCUGAGGUUAUUCAACAAUACGGCGCUACCUGGAUUCACACAACGCCGCCAGUGGUACGUCUGCUUGAACCUAACCAGGUCUCAUCGCUACAAACCGUAAUUCUUAUUGGUGAAACCCCAUCAUACGAUGAUAUAAAGAUGUGGCGGGGUCGGGUAUCUCUUCGGGAGACAUUUGGUCCGACAGAGUGUUCAGUCCUAGCUCUGGUCAACCCGGAUCUGUCAUCCGAUCCGAGAAACAUUGGUCGUGAGAGCGGCUGCGUCUGCUGGAUUGUUGAUCCAGACAAUCAUAACAAGCUAGUACCGGUCGGGGCCAUUGGGGAGCUGCUCAUCGAAGGCCCGAUUCUUGGCCGCGGCUAUUUGAAUGACCCCCUGAAGACGUCAGCAGCAUUUAUUGAAAAUCCAACCUGGGCAAGGCAGUUCCGCACUAACCAGACUGUCCGGCUCUAUAAAACGGGGGAUCUGGUUUAUUAUUUCCCAGACGGGUCUAUCCGUUUCUUCAGGCGCAAGGACACCCAAGUCAAGCUUAGGGGCCAACGCAUCGAGCCUGGUGAGGUUGAGCACCACAUAUCCAAUAGCUUUGACGGCUCGGAACGUGUCGUAGUGGAUGUUCUCGCGUUAGAAUCAGAAACCUCUCGCUCAUUUCUGGUUGCCUUUAUCAAGUCCGUGAGUCUAGACGGCAACAACGACGUUGACGUUGAUGUUGAUGUUGAUCUCCUCGCUCCUCCAAGUACGGCAUUCUCUGUACAAGUGGCCCUCACUCAAGCGCGGCUGCAAAGUCAGCUGCCUAAGCACAUGGUGCCCACAAUCUUCUUGCCUCUGCAUUGGGUCCCUCUGACCAGUUCUUGCAAGACAGAUCGUCGUUUGCUGAAGCGGAAAGCAGCGGCGCUGACUCGGAGUGAGCUAGAAGCAUAUAUGCACGCUGGUGUGUCGGCCAAGCAGACUCCCGCCACCGAAAUGGAACAUAAGUUACAUCCACUCUGGGCCAAGGUGCUGAACCUGGCUCCAGAGAUGAUCGGAACAAAUGAUGACUUCUUCCACGUGGGCGGUGAUUCCAUUUCUGCCAUGCAGCUGGUUUUUCAAUGUCGCCGUAUCGGUAUUUCUAUCGGCAUGGAAGACGUGUUCAGGCACCUCACCCUGGCAGGAAUUGCCGGUCAUGCUCGAAACGAACCAAAGGAUGCUAUUGCAUUGGCUGUGGAAAAGAUCGAUGAACCGUUCCCCUUGUCUUCAAGCCAGCAACUCUUCUUCCAAUUAUCUCCACGUGGUCUUGAUGACUUCAAUUAUGGUAGUGUCGUCAAGAUUACCCGAAACAUUGAGAGUGAACGUCUGCGACAAGCCAUCAGGGCCAUUAUCGAGCGUCAUUCCAUGCUUCGUGCUCGAUUCAGCCAGGACUGUGACGGCUCAUGGAUGCAGCGCAUCACAUCUCAAACGGAAGGAUCGUACAGAUUUCAAAACCGGACCAUUUCUGCUGAGAAUGAAAUCACUCAGGUGCUGAAAAAUGCACGAGCGUGUGUAAAUAUCCAACACGGCCCGCUUUUAGUUGCAGAUCAUGUGCAACUGGAUGGACAAGAAGACGACUAUCUCAUUCUUGUUGCCCAUCGUCUCGUCAUGGAUCUGGCCUCGUGGGGCAUAAUACUCGGUGAUCUGGAAACGAUAUUAAGCCAGAAGCACCCGCUCCCUGCAUUGAAUCCGCUAUCAAUAUCCUUCCAGGCUUGGUGCAGUCUGCGGACAGAUUCCACAACCAAGCAUCCUCUGGCCAGAAACAAAUCUCUUCCUCACCUGAGGGAACAAUCCCCCAAGGUCUGUCCACUUGAGUUUUGGGGUAUGAUAGGACGCCCAAAUCAGGUCAAACAUUCCAACACUACCGUAUUUACGAUUGAUCGUUCCACCACAAAUCUGCUCUUAGGCCAUGCCAACCGGGCAUUUCAAACGCAACCGGCCGAGAUCUUACAGGGGGCAUUGCUCCAUUCUUUCCUUCAGACCUUCGCGGGACGGAACGCUCCAAUCAUAUAUAAUGAAGGUUGCGGUCGUGAGCCCGCAGAGGGGUCCAUUGUUACCUCACAGACUGUGGGCUUGUUUGCCAUAAUCCAUCCCACCUCCGUCGAUAUCGACAAUUGUAAAGAUUUGGUAGAGAUGGUACGUCGCACGAAAGACGCCCAGCGCUCGGCUCCUCCCAGUGACUGGGCUGGUCAUAUUUCUCUCUCCAAAGAUUCGCCAGACUCGGAGAGCAUUUUGCCGAAGCCAUUCGAAAUACUCUUCAGCUUUGAGGGGCUUAAAGAGCAGUCGGAGGAUGACGGCUCAGUCCUGCAAAUUAUUAGAUCGCCAUUUGUAGAGUAUCAAGUACCCGAUAUAGCACCAGAAGCACCGCGCCUUGCACUCAUUAAUAUCUCGGCCCUCCUUGUCCAGGGGGAGCUCGUGACGUAUUUCACCUUCAAUCAGCAAAUGAAGCACGGUGAUUUGCUGAAAGUCUGGGUUGAUGAGUAUCAAAAGUCCAUCAUCAGGGCAGUUGUUGAUCUAAGCAACGCAUCCCCAGCCUACACACUAAGUGAUUUCCCCUUACUCGCAACGACCUACGAGGAUCUUGACGCCUUUGUCGCCAGAGUCCGGGAUCAAAUUGUUCCUCAAGAGGGAGAGAGCAACGCCAUCAUCGAGAAUGCAUACCCCUGCUCUCCCAUUCAGCGUGGCAUCCUGCUCAGCAAGGCCAAGAACGAUGAUCUCUACAGUCCUCGCUUUACUUGGAAUCUUCAAGUCGAUGGACAGAAGCUCGUUGACCUGAACCGGCUCCGGGGAGCAUGGAAAAGGGUUCUUCAACGACAUUCUGUUUUCCGAACCGUCUUUGCCCAGAGCAGUUUGCAUAUGGAAUACUAUAAUCAAGCAGUCAUGGUCUCAAUGCCGGACAACAUCACCACCUUACAAUACGGCGACGAGGAUGUGAAGGAAUUGAUCCGUGACUAUCGUGCAACUCAAUCGCACCAAGCUCAGAAUGCUCUGUGGCACCUCGUUUUAUGUCAGAACAAAAGAGGCGAAACAUUUUGUGACCUGAAAGUCAGCCACGCCUUGAUUGAUGGAACAUCCAUAGCUGUUCUAACACGAGAGGUGCAGUUAGCAUAUGACGAAAUGCUCUCCGCAGGCGUCGGGCCACCAUAUAGUGACUAUAUCAGGUAUCUACAAUCCACCGAGGUGGACACUGUCGUUAAUUACUGGAAGAAAAAGCUCUCCGCCAUAUCACCAUGUAUUUUUCCCAGGAUUAACAACAAUAUGAAGACACCUUCUGUUGGUGGCCACAAGCGGCAGCUCCUCUCCGUCGAGCUGGAGAUUGACGAUGCCUCUAUCAUCUACCAGUUCUGCAGGCAAUAUGGAUUUACCAUCUCCAACAUCCUUCAGGUCGCUUGGUCUCUUAUUCUGCAGUGCUAUACCACCUCCAAAUCCGUUUGUUUCGCGUAUGUCACGUCUGGUCGUGAUGCCCCCGUGCCAAAUAUUGAACGAGCUGUCGGUCCUUUCAUCAACGUUUUGAUCAGUCACAUAUCACUGGAUCCCGAUAUGCCUCUGCUCGAUUUGUUGCGGGUUAACCAGGAUGAUAACAUUGACAACUUGAGGUAUCAAAACUGUUCCCUCGCAGAGAUAUUCCACACCAUGUCCUUGGGUGCAGCUGAAUUGUUCAACUCCAGUAUGUCUGUGCAAAACAGGGCUGCAGACUACAACACCACCAGUUCAUCUUUCGAAUUCUCAGUAGUGGAUGGAGAGGAUCGAACAGAGUAUGAUAUCGCUAUACAUGCCCUCGUAGACAAACAAGGAGUAUCCCUUUCCCUUGAUUACUGGAAGGACGAGCGCCUAUCGGCAAAGCAAGCCCUGCAGAUUCUUCGCACAAUGAAAGAGGCAGUAAUUAACAUCGCGACCUAUCCCGACGUCAACAUUGGUCAGGUGGCUUUGCUGAGUCCUGAGGAUCAGCUCCAACUCCAUAAGUGGAACGAGAAGGUCCCCAUAACCACCAACUCCUGUGUGCAUGACCUCAUCGAGCGACAUUUCCAAUGCAGUCCCUCCUCCCUAGCAGUCCAAUCUUGGGACGGCGACCUCUCAUAUCAGGAUUUGGAUCGCCUUUCGUCCAGACUUGCCGCUCAACUCGUAGGCUUGGGAGUUCAAACAGAAACAUUUAUUCCCUUACUGUUUGAAAGGUCCAUGUGGGCUGUGGUAUCGACACUUGCCGUUAUAAAAUCUGGUGCUGCAUUCGUUUUCCUGGACCCGACUUGCUCUGUCAGCCUCCUGGAUCGGGUGUGUGCAGUUGCCAAGGUCAAAUUUAUCCUCAGCUCGAGAGCCAAUGAAGAAAUACUGCACCACCUUCCGGUCCAUCUUGUUGUGGUGAACAAGGAAGCAGAGCGCCUCUGGCCGACUGCCGUGGCACCGCCGUCUACUGCAAAGCCUCAAAAUGCAUUGUCCGCCAUCUUCACCCGUGAGUCCAGCGGUAAGUUGAAUGGACUCGUUAUUGAACAUGCCUCGUUUUGUUCGGCUGUUGAAGCGAACAAGGGACCAAUGGGGAUAGAUGGCAACACCUGGAUGUUUCAAUUUGCCCCAUAUGCAUCUGACACAAGCAUCAGCGACUGUUUGAUAGCACUCACACAGGGCGGCUGUGUAUGCAUCCCAUCUACAUCCCAGCUGGAGGAUGUGGAAAGAGCAAUCUGUGAUCUGAAUGCCAACUGGGUAAAUCUCACUCCCUCAGUGGCCCGGCGUAUCAAUCCCUCACUUGUGCCAUCCCUGAAGACGGUUUAUAUUAGUGGGGAGCCUGCGACGUCUUGGGACCUGGCACGGUGGCAGGGCUUUGCCCGUUUAGUCAAAGGCUACAGCCCUGCAGAGUAUCCAGUUCGUGGUACCAUCCAACCCAACGUUCUUGAUACAUCGGACCCGCGCGAUAUCGGCAUUGGAGCAGGUGUCGUGUGUUGGAUUGUAGAUCCUUCAAAUCACCAGAGACUCCUCCCUCCAGGUGCCAUCGGAGAGCUCCUUCUUCAGGGCCCUAUUCUCGGCCGUGGCUAUAUUGGAAGCCAAGAGCAAGAUAACGCGUCUUUCGUCAAAACUCCAAUCUGGUUGCAACAGCUCAGACCAAGUAUUGGUCAGCUGUAUAAGACGGGAGACUUGGUUCGGUGUCAACCCGACGGGUCGAUCCUGUAUAUGGGACGUAGGGAUACCCAAGCCAAGCUUCAAGGUCAGCGGUUAGAACUAGAAGAAAUUGCAGUUCAUGUCCGGCAAUGCUUCUCGCAGGACAAGGACGUGGUUGUUGAUGUGAUCCGACCUGAUCAUGGGAAUGCGAAACCAAUAUUAGCCGCAUUCAUCAGCCAUUCCUUCGGCCCCGUCAUUGGUGGUGCAGACAAUGUAGUCUUUGUUGGACCUUCGGUUGCUUUCCAGGGCGCAGCUCGCGCGGCGAAAACCCAGCUCCCGGAGAUAUUACCUCCUUCCAUGGUUCCUGCAGCAUUCCUGCCCGUGGGAGGCAUUCCGCUCUGUGUAGCGGGGAAGGUGAACCGGAAGCUUCUCCAGGAGGCCGCCUCAAAUCUUUCACUACAGCAGAUCGGUUCAUACGUCAAUUUCUCCCCCCUUGGCGAUCAAGGAAGAAUUCCGGCCAGCGAACUCGAGAAAUUAUUGCAAUCUUGCAUCGCCCGUGUACUCAACAAGACUCUUACCGAUAUAACCUUGGAUAAUAGCUUCUUCCGCAUUGGAGGAGACUCCAUAAGUGCCAUGACGCUGGUUUAUCAGUGUCGCCAGCAAGGAAUCGCAGUGACUGUUGCGGACAUAUUCCGUCACAAAACUAUUCGACGAUUAGCUGCUCAUAUUCAAUCAGCCAAGGCAACAGCAGCGGACAUUAAGGAGACCGUGGGAACGGUAUUUGACCUCUCCCCAAUUCAACAGGCAUUAUUUGAUCGAAUUCCCGAGGGCCUGAACAAUUUCAGUCAGAGCUUUUUAGUGAAGCUCAGACAACCAAGGGAAUCCAUUGAGACCGCUGUUAUGACGAUAGUGAAAAGACACUCAAUGCUUCGCGCGCGAUUCAGGAAACAAGAUGGAGUUUGGGUGCAAUUGGUCACUGAUGAUAUUGAGCAUUCAUAUCGUUAUCGUAACCAGACACUCCCUGUUGCGGAGAUGACCAAGUGCUUCAUGGAAAGCCAGGCAGCCCUUGACUUCACGCAGGGCCCCUUGUUAGUGGCAGAUCAUAUAACUGUUGGUGACAACCAGUAUCUCUUCCUUGCUGCGCACCAUCUCGUCAUUGACCUUGUCUCGUGGCGGAUCAUUUUGAGCGAUCUCGAGAUGCUCCUGGCACGAGAGUCACUACCACCUCUAAGCUCUUUGCCAUUCCAGGUCUGGUGUCAUUUACAAGCCGAAUACGCGAAAAAGCAUCUAAGACCAUCAAGGACACUUCCAUUGCUGGCGAAUAUUCCCGAUUAUGAGCUUAAUGUUGAAGAAUUUUGGGGACUCCCCAAGUAUUCGAAUAUUCAAGCAGACAUGAUAUCUACCAAGUUCAGCAUCGAUCCACAUGUCACAAAGCUGCUACUUGGGCCCGCAAAUGAGGUUCUACAAACCAAACCCGUUGAGCUUCUGCACGCUGCAAUUCUCCUUUCAUUUGUCAAGUCAUUCCCAGAUCGUCCGCCCCCAAUCAUAUACCAGGAAGGUCACGGAAGGGAACCUUGGAACAGCUCCGUGGAUGUCUCGGGAACUGUGGGUUGGUUCACAACCAUCUGGCCUUCCCUUGUUUGCGCAAGGGCGGACUCGAGCUUUAUCGACGUGGCGCAACUUACCAAAGACGUUAUACGCCAGACACAAGCCAACGGUUGGAGCUACUUUACAGCCCGGUAUUUGCAUCCCGAGGGAAGAAAACGGCUUACUUUCAGAGAGCCGAUGGAGAUUCUUAUGAACUAUCAUGGAAGAUAUCACAGUCUGGAAAGCAAAGAUACCAUGCUCCAAGUCACGUCUGAUAUUUCGGACAUUCCGGCUGGGGUGGAUCCGCAGAUGCCCAGGGGGGAGAUAUUCGAUAUCGAGAUUUGGGUCUCUGGGGAUACUUUGGAGUUCGAUUUCUCGUAUAGCAAGCAGUCCUUGCGGCAAUCGUCCAUUCAGAACUGGGUUUCGGCCUGUCGGAUUCUUCUUGAAAGCGCGGCUCAGGAGCUUUCUGAUUCUUCUCGCCCAUGUCCACUGAGCAACUUCCCCGAGUUGCCACUGGCCAGUCCUGAACUCUCUCAACCCUCACAUAAUCAUUAUCACGUCGACAUUAGUCCAGCCUCGGUGCAGGGAGAUUACCCUUGCUCGCCCGUACAACAAGGCAUACUAUUGAGCCAGGAGCGUAACAAUGAAUUGUAUACUACCAGAAUGCUCUGGAAGGUAUCGAUUCCAGAUUCACGCCUACCCAUCUCUAUUAAACAUAUUCAACAGGCGUGGGCCCGGAUCGUCAUGAGACACUCGGCACUUCGUACCGUCAUCACUGAGAGUGCUUCCCGCGACAGGCUCCACGAUCAAUUGGUCAUUGAUCACGGAGCUGGCAAAGUCAUUAUUCUGGAUUCGAUGGAUUCUCCACAGGAACCCCUAGGUCGUUUCCCCUGGCAAUUUAUCAUCAAGCAAAUAAGUGAUGCAGAGAUCUUCUGUGAACUCGCCAUUAGCCACGCGUUAGUCGACGGUGUCUCCAUUCGUAUCCUCGGCAUAGAGUUGAGCAGCAUGAUCAGCGGGGAGCCUCUUGAACAUCCGGCCAUGCCUUAUAAGGACUACAUUUCUUACUUGCAAUCCGUUCCCCGCCAGCAGAUUGCUGACUAUUGGAAAGAAUAUCUCCGUGACGUCACCUCAACCCUAUUUCCAAUCUUAAAAGAUUCUUCCGAGGGCAAAUUACACUCUGAAAAUCGGUUCAUUGACGCACGGCGCAUCAGAAACUUUUGCGAGGCAUAUGGAUCGACGCUAUCCAACGUGAUACAGGUAGCUUGGGCUAUGGUCUUACGCUGUUACACCGGGGCAGAUGAUGUUUGCUUUGGCUACUUAACAUCUGGGCGAGAUAUUCCGCUCUCCGGUAUUGAGAAUGCCGUUGGUCUGUUUAUCAAUAUGCUGGUAUGUCGCCUACAGCUGGAUAGCAACCUCCCAAUGCUCUCAAUUUUGGAGAGAAAUGAAAGCGACUUUAUUCGCAGUCUCGACCACCAGCAUUGCUCCCUAGCGGAAAUCCAGCAUGACUUGGGCCUCAACAGGGAGGCGCUCUUCAAUUCCAUCAUCUCUUAUCAGGCUGCUUCUGCAAUGCAAGAACAAAGCCGCGACGAGGCACAUGGCAAACACACGUUGGCCUUGGUAGAAAGCGUGGGAGGAGAGGAUCCAACCGAGUACGGAUUGGUCAUCAACGUGAAUGCAAACAGUGACCGCGUCAGCCUCUCGCUCAGUUUCUGGGACACCUUCCUCGCCCCGGACCAAGGAUCUAGACUCUGUGAUAGUUUGGUGCAGACUAUUUCGAGUAUCACCGAUAAUCCCUCCAAAACCGUCGGGGACAUCGAUCUAGUUAGUCAAGAAGAGCUUAACAUUAUUCAAUCAUGGAACGCGCAACUACCGCAGCUAGAGGAAGUAUGUGUCCACGAUCUGAUCCUUGAUCAAUGCCGUGGUCGUCCCGAGGCACCAGCCGUCUGCGCAUGGGAUGGAAGCUUUACCUACAGGGAUCUUGAUCAGCUCUCUGUGGAGCUGGCGGUGCACCUUCAGACACUCGGGGUUGGACCUGAUGUCUUUGUGCCACUUCUCUUUGAGAAGUCGAAAUGGGUCUCUGUGGCGAUGUGCGCAGUUAUGAGAGCCGGCGGCGCAUUUAUUUUGCUAGAUGAUUCCUAUCCAGAGGCACGUUUGCAUGAAAUAUGCGAGACUUCACAAUGCCCUCUUGUCAUAUGCUCAUCUUCCACUUAUGGGAAAGCUGCCACGCUCACCGAGCGAGUGGUUGUGGUCUCCCAGAGCGAGGCCGUGCGAUGGACAUCAAGUCUAGAGACAUCUUCCCUCCAACAAAAUGUCCUCCCUCACCAUGCUCUCUAUUGUGUCUUUACCUCUGGCUCGACCGGCAAAUCCAAAGGUGUGGUGAUUGAGCACUCAAGCUACGCGACAAGCGGCCUAUCGCUCCAAAAACGAUUAAGAGUUACGAACCAAUCCCGAGUCUUCCAAUUUGCCUCGCACGCUUUUGAUGUGAGCAUCAGCGACUACUUAACGACCUUCAUAGCGGGCGGAUGCAUCUGCGUUUCCUCUGAAACCGAUCGAAUAAACAAUAUCCCCCAUGCGGUGCAAGAACUGGACGCGAACUGGAUGCAUAUUACGCCAUCCGUUGCGCAGAUCAUUCACCCGUCGCAAGUAGAAGGGAUCAAGAUCCUGGUCUUGAGUGGCGAAGCCAUCAAGGCGGAGAACAUCAAGACAUGGGGACAGUCGGUUCAUCUUAUCAAUGCGUAUGGGCCCGCCGAGUGCUCUGUAGACUGUGUCGUCAACGAUCAGGCGGCAUCAAGUCCUUCCAGCAUUGGAUACGCAAGCGGCGCAACCUGUUGGGUCACCGACAGAAAUAAUCCCGCUCAGCUACUUCCCAUCGGCGCUGUUGGAGAGUUGCUUAUCGAGGGUCCUGUCGUUGGUCGCGGGUAUCUGCAUAAUGAAGAACAAACUCGUCGGACCUUCAUCGAACGACCCCCAUGGCUUCAGUAUUUCAGAAACUUUGACGCCUCUCCGCGACACGUAUACAGGACCGGAGAUCUCGUUCAGUAUCUACCCGACGGCUCCCUGAAAUACGUCGGACGCCGUGACAGCCAAGUCAAGAUCCACGGCCAGCGUGUCGAACUAGAGGAAAUCGAAUCCCAUCUGCGCCGUUUCUUCCCGGGAUCUCAAGAAGUCGCUGUGGAGAUUCUCCAACGACCAGACAUCGCAUCUCAGAAGAUAUUGACAGCGUUUAUAAGACGGCAAGCACUUGAUUUGGCAGGGGAAGAAUUUUCGAUUCUUGAAUCCAGCCAAGAGUUUAUCACAGACGUUCACAUUGCAGAAACGCGUCUCCUUCAGAAUGUGCCUCGGCACAUGGUUCCUGUCAUGUUUGUUGCUGUCAAUCAUAUUCCACUGACUAGGUCAGGCAAGAUUGAUCGAUCCAAGCUGCGCAGCCAAGCACCGAGUAUCUCAUGGUCUGACGGGGGCUCUGGUGCUCAGGACACCUCUCAACGACCAUUUACCAAGACGGAACGCAAAAUACAAUUGAUUGUUGCCCGGGUGCUACGACUCAGGCCAGAUAUCAUCAACAUAGAUGGUAAUUUCUUCCAGAUGGGCGGUGACUCCAUCACGGCUAUGCAGCUAGUAUCUCUCGCGCGUCAUGAGGGUCUCCUGGUCACAGUAAGACAGAUAUUCACUUUGCCAGUAUUAGCAGAUCUUGCGAGAGAGGCCCAACAGUCCACGACUGUGUUGAAUUCGACGCCGUCUGUCGCGGAACCUUCUAAUAACACCGAUCACGAAUUAUGCAGAGGUUUGCAUUGGGCAGACCUGCCCUUCCAGGAGGAUGAUGUCGUGGAUGUCAUUCCUGCAACAAAUGUUCAAGCCUUUUCCGCAACCCGGCCGCAAAACUACUGGUUCUUGGAACUCGCAGGACCACUGGACAUGGCUCGGCUGAAGGUGGCCUGCUCAGAACUAGUCGACAAACACUCGAUCCUCAGAACAGUAUUUGUUCCGCAUGCAGGCCACAUCCUGCAAGUUAUCCUACGCAGCCUAUCCCUGGACAUCGUCGAAUGCAACACCGGUCAAAAGGACCUGUGGCCAUUCGCUGAAGAAUACAGUCGCCAAGAUUUCCCCUCCCAAACUCUAUACGGAGCGGUGCCACUGGCCCUAACGCUUGUGAGAGACAGUGACGAACGCCACAUGCUCAUAAUGCGUCUAUCCCACGCUCAGUAUGAUGGUCUAUCCAUACCCAGGUUGAUGGCGAACCUCCUUGAUUUGUAUCAUCAACGAUCCAUCUCCGUCGCUGCGGACUUUGCGACAUACGUGCGACACUGCCACCAGAGCCAAAACUCAGCAACAUUUGCCUUUUGGAGGUCUCUACUCUAUGGUUCAUCCAUGACUUCAUUAUUUGAUGAGUCAACAGCGACAGUUGCAUUAAAAGAUUCCACAUCACCAGUCCUGGUCGAAUCAGUAGCAAAUGUACCUUUGCCAGCACCCCCUCGUGGAAGCACGUUGGCCACCUUGGUGAAGGCAGCUUGGGCCCUAGUUCAAUCGAAGCUACUGCGGCGAUCCGAUCUUGUCUUUGGCCAACUGGUUAGCGGUCGCAACACAGGUGUCUCCGCCCUGGAAGACGUCAUCGGACCUUGCAUCAAUAUGAUACCCGUGCGGGUUCAGAUACACCCAGAGCAGACCAUCAGCGAGUUGCUGAGGCAAGUCCAGGCGCAACAUCUGGAGACGUUGCCCUUUGAAACUACGGAACUACAUGAAAUCGUCAAGAAUAGCACCUCAUGGCCUACGAACACCGACUUUGGGUCCAUAGUCCACCAUCGAUUCUCCCAGGAUCAAAGUGCUCUGGAAUCUAACGAGCUAUCAUGCCGGAUCGACGCGUGGUCACCCCUUUCCCUACCUGCAAUGAACGUCUGGGUGUCCACCAUAGCAGAAGAAGAUCGGCUAAACAUGAACAUUUUCUCCCGUAGUGAGGUUGCGUCACAAGCUCAAAUCGAUCGGUUGAUGGAAGAGAUGUCUGCCAUGUUAUCAAUUUGCACAGAAGGAGUAUACGUGCCUGUUGAGGGCAGCUAUGAUGAUUGGGUCCGUGUUUAA